AUGGUAUGGAAUGUCACAAUCAGAGUGCAGUCCGUAUCUACCAAGGUCAUCUCACCCAGCGCGUUGUUCAUUUCCCUCUGUGGGUCCCUGAUGAACGGCACUGUCUUCUGGCUGCUCUGCCGCCACGUUAAGAAGAAUCCCCACACUGUGUACAUCCUCAACUUGGCUGCCGCUGACUUAAUCUUCCUUUCCUGCAUGAUAAUAUACUUCCUAAAAACAACUAUAAUGGAUUAUCAUAAAGUUAUGUUUUAUGUGCCUAGUCUCCUGACCCCGGUCACUUAUUUCUCCUACAUGGUGUGCCUGUGUCUCCUGGCAGCCAUCAGCACAGAGCGCUGCCUGUGUGUUCUCUUCCCCAUCUGGUACAAAUGUCACCGCCCGAGGCACACCUCUGAUCUCGUGUGUGCCCUCAUCUGGGCCCUGGCCCUUGGCUUACACAUAAUGACUUCACUUUUUUUUGCUUACUUUGAAGAUGUAAAGGCAUGUGUUGCAUUUCUAAUAUCUUUAGGUGUCGUUCAUGAUACUCUUUUCCUGGUGAUGUGUGUGUCCAGCCUGACUCUGCUCAUUAGAAUUCUGUGCUGCUCCUGGCAGCAAAAACCCACCCGAGUCUUCAUUGUGAUCCUGGUCUCAGUCAUCAUGUUCUUCGUCUGGGGUCUGCCCGUGAGUGCAGCCUUCCUUAUGUCGGAUGUGAAGAACAUGGCCAUGGCUUCCUUCUUAACUGCCUUAUUCUUCGCUGUGAACAGCUGUGCCAACCCUAUCCUUUACUUCUUUGUGGGGAGCCUCAGGAAAAAGAGUCUGAAGGAACCUCUGAGAGAGAUUCUCCAACGGGCAUUAUCAGAUAAAACAGAGCUGGGGAGGAACAAAAAGCCUGACGGCACAGACCCUGCAAGGACGCCAGGCUCCACCCAGGGGACUGGCGACUGUCUUCCAAUGAAGCACGUGGUCAACCUGAGCAAAUGACU